AUGAUUCAUCACCGAGUGAAGUUUGUGAGUCGAAUCACUUUGAUUCAGACUGUAAUGGCUGUGUUUUUUCUUUACCUUCUUUUCAUGACCCUUCAAGUCCCUCUCGUUUUCAAAACCGCCUUCCUUUACGCUUCUGACGGGACACUCAGCGACGCCUUACCCAGGCCUCUAUAUUUGGCGGAUUCCAUUCGGGUCGACCCGAGGAGGAUAAUGAGUGAGACCCGAAGAAUAUCGGGUGUUUUCUUCAACGACACUUUCUUCGAUGCCAUUGAUACCGCUGCCGACGAGUUCUCUGUGCUUCACAAGGCAGCGAAGCAGGCGUGGGUUGCUGGUAAGAAACUAUGGGAAGAGGUGGAGUCGGGUAAAAUCCGACCUGACCUGAAAAAAGGCAACACCACUGAACAACAGUGUCCAAAUUCGAUUGCUUUAUCGGAGUCCGAGUUCGGGGCUCGGAAUUGGGUCAUGGAGCUGCCGUGCGGGUUGACAUUGGGGUCCCACAUAACUGUGGUGGGGAAGCCGAGGUGGGCUCACCCGGAGCAAGACCAGAAAAUAGCUUUGGUGAAGGAAGGGGAGGAGGCAGUCAUGGUGUCGCAGUUCAUGAUGGAGCUGCAGGGAUUGAAGACCGUUGAUGGAGAGGACCCACCUAGGAUUUUGCAUUUCAAUCCCAGAUUGAAAGGUGAUUGGAGUGGGAAACCAGUGAUAGAGCAGAAUACUUGCUAUAGAAUGCAGUGGGGGAAUGCUUUGAGGUGUGAGGGCUGGAGUUCUAGAGCUGAUGAGGAAACUGUUGAUGGACUGGUGAAAUGUGAGAAGUGGCUUCGCGAUGAUGAUAGUAACUCAGAAGAUUCUAAGGCAACGUGGUGGUUGAACAGGCUGAUAGGGUGGAAAAAGAAGAUGUCAUACAACUGGCCCUAUCCUUUUGUAGAGGGCAAAAUGUUUGUUCUUACGCUGAGUGCUGGCUUGGAAGGUUAUCAUGUCAAUGUUGAUGGGAGACAUAUCACUUCUUUUCCAUAUCGCACUGGAUUUGUUCUUGAGGAUGCCACUGGACUAUAUUUGAAUGGGGAUGUCAAUGUACAGUCUGUAUUUGCUGCUUCUCUACCUGCUUCACAUCCAAGCUUUGCUCCACAGCAGCAUCUUGAGAUGUUUAAAAAGUGGCAAGCACCUCCUCUUCCUAGCGGGCAAGCAGAGCUCUUCAUUGGUGUCCUCUCUGCUGGCAACCAUUUUGCUGAGCGGAUGGCUGUGAGGAAAACCUGGAUGCAGCAUGAGUUGAUUAGAUCUUCAAAGAUUGUCGCUCGGUUUUUUGUAGCACUGCAUGGAAGAAAGGAAAUAAAUAUGGAGCUAAGAAAAGAAGCAGAGUAUUUUGGUGAUAUUGUUAUUGUUCCUUACAUGGAUAAUUAUGAACUUGUUGUCUUGAAGACUGUUGCCAUCUGUGAAUAUGGGGUACGUACAGUGGAUGCAAAGUAUAUCAUGAAGUGUGAUGAUGACACUUUCGUUAGGGUGGAUGCCGUGAUCAAGGAAGCGAAGAAAGUGCGGGGAGAUGGAAGCCUAUAUGUUGGAAACAUGAACUACUACCACAAGCCCUUGCGUAAUGGUAAAUGGGCUGUGACAUAUGAGGAAUGGCCAGAAGAAGAGUAUCCACCCUAUGCAAAUGGUCCAGGCUACAUCAUUUCAUGUGACAUUGCAGAUUUUAUUGUAGCUGAUUUUGAGAGUCACAAGUUGAGAUUGUUUAAGAUGGAAGAUGUGAGCAUGGGAAUGUGGGUGGAAAAGUUCAACAAUUCAAAACCCAUAGAAUACAUUCACAGCUUGAAGUUUUGCCAAUUUGGAUGCGUUGAAGAUUAUUACACUGCUCAUUAUCAGUCACCAAGGCAGAUGAUAUGCCUCUGGGACAAAUUGAAUCAAGGAAAGGCCCAGUGCUGCAAUAUGAGAUGA